UAGGCUGAUUUUGAAUAACUUCUUUUAAUUUUUUAGUAAUUGCACACAACGCUUGCCAUUUUAUGAAAUAGAAAUAUUUUAAAUUUUAGUUUGGAUUUGAAUUUAGUUAGUUAGUUAGCAUAGAUAGAGUUUUUAAGUUUAAGUUUUAAAAAUUUAUGAAAGUAUCUCAACUAAUCAUUAUUAAGAUGACAACUAAUAAAAAUCUUAUAGACUUUAAGAGUAAUGGAGAUAAGAGGAAAGCGUUUUGAAUUAUAAUACAGAAUAUUCCAUUUUUAAUUUUUGUAC